AUGAACUCAAUCGAAAAUAUUCCGAUUGAUCAAUCUAUUUGUUCCCUGUACGAAGGAUUUGUGGAAUUGGAGGAACUAGUUAGCUAUGAUAAUGAACUCAUUUGGAAAGAACGAGCGCGGUGGAUUAAGCUCGAAGAAGACGUAGAUGAAUGUGCCGAGCGAUGGGGGAAGCCUCAUGUUCCGUGUUUGACAUAUCGGAGCCUAAGGGAGGUUGAAACGAAUCUACAAAAUGGAGUGUGUUUGUUGGAUCUCAAAAGAGAUACUCUACCUUCCAUUUGUGAUGCAAUUAUUGGUGAAGUCAAGGCGCAGAAAAAGCUGGAAGAUGAAGAAUGUCUCAUAGUGAAAACUCUUCUGAUGACAAGACAUGAACAUCACCACCAGCAUAAAGGUGGAAAACGAGUUCAGAACUUCACCAGGCGCCUGUCACGGAUCAUGCCCAAUGGACAGCGCUCCAGGACGCAUUGUAAUUCACAUUCUCACUCACCAAAUGUUUCGGAAGAUGUCCACAGUUCAGGAGAAAGAUACGAGGAUUGGCACCAAGCUAAGUGGGUGACCCUUUUACAUUUUUACUGAUAAGUACUUAAUUACCUGCCUGAGGGUGACAGUAAGUUUUUCCCAAAAACCCUGACGGUAAAGGAGAACAAAACUUACCGUUUUCCUUUGAGCCAGUCAUUAAGCGUGCUGUUACACCUCCCAAGAUGAAAUUUUCCGCUGUUUCAAGGUUCACAGCCUGAUCGCGUCUGAGUGGAAUUCUUCUUUUGGAGUUAGAUAUUUGGACGGAGUACUUGAUUUAAUCUGCAUUCACUUGUGUUCUCGUGAAAUUUCCUAUUGCAUGGAUUCUAAGGCUAGAAUUUAUCGACUUAAAAGGCAAAUGUUGAUUAUUUAUUUAUACGAUGAUCCCUCUUAAUUUCAGGACGCAGCCAAAUCCUAAACGAAACGUGUCAAAUGAUUCUCUAGCAGACGUAGCAGUGAAUUUCAGCCAUGAUCCUGUAGAGGGGUUCGUCGAUCAGUUUGAGGAUCACAAAGAAAAGUCAGAUUUGAGAGGGAAACUUCCGACAAAUUCUCAAGCAACCACUGUUUUGGUUGGGGCUCAUAAUAGCUUGACUUGUACCGUCAGUGCUUUUGUCAGACUCGCCACCGGCUGUGAACUGGGUAACUUAGCUGAAGUACAGAUUCCUAUAAGGUUUAUGUUUAUACUGUUGGGACCUGAAGAUGACAGGAUUGGAUAUCAUGAGGUCGGGCGUUCUUUUGCAACUCUUAUGGCAGAUAAACUCUUCCUGCAAUCUGCUUAUAUGGCGAAGGUAAAUUGCGCAUCAAAUCUUUCUCAAUCCCUAGUCGAUCAGCCUUCCUUUCUGUGUAAUCUUAUAUUUACGAGAAUUCAAGCCCGAUGAGUUAAAAAAUUAUCAUGUAACCAUAAAUUUUAUGAUAAAAAUCGGUUACUCGUCAGUUGAUCGCGAUCCUCAGUAACACGUCAUGUAAGUUAUGGGAGUUGGAGACUUCUACAUAGCAGUUGGCAAGUUAGGAAAGAAUCACUACUCGAAAAUCAGGGUGUGACUAUGAAAAACUUAUUUUUAUCCAAUAUAUUUGUUUUUCAAAGUGGUUACAGGCUAGUUCACCAACCAUUAAGUGAUGUUGACUCGAACGGAAACUGAAAAAAUUUAUUAUCGAUGUUUUAGCGUCAACAGGAUCUCCUUGAUUCUCUAUUCAGCUUUAUGGGGGACAGCCUUAUAAUUCCUCCAGGAGAUUGGGAUCGAAAUCUUCUGAAUCAAACAGUACCAAUCUUAGCCACUCAGGCUAAGGAAUUAGCCUUUAGGAGACGAAGAGGAGGAAUUCAAAGCAAGGACAAACCAAACAACGAAACAAUUGGCGAGGUUAUUCAAGAAAAUGAAGUGUGUGAUGACCCUUUGUCUAGGACGGGAAAAUUUUGUGGUGGACUUAUACGAGAUUUCAAAAGGCGACUUCCUUUCUACCCGAGUGAUUUCAAAGAUGCUUUGGACGUACAUUGUCUACCGACAAUUAUCUUUGUGUACUUCGCUUGCCUUGCUCCUGCAAUCACCUUCGGCGGUUUGUUGAGUGAGAAAACCAACGCAUGGAUGGGAGUUUCAGAGAUGAUAUUUGCAACAGCAUUAUCAGGAGUUCUAUUUGGCCUCUUUGCAGGACAGCCGUUGAUCAUAACAGGGGCUACGGGUCCAUUACUUGUGUUCGAGAAAAGCGUAUUUCAGUUAAGCGAGCGAUUUGAGGUGGAAUUCCUCCCUUGGCGAGCUUGGGUUGGAAUAUGGGUGAUGGUGAUAUGUUUUAUCAUUGUUGCAGUUGAAGGAUGUUUUCUCAUCAAAUAUUUUACACGUUUUACAGAAGAAAUAUUCGCCCUAAUGAUAUCUAUCAUUUUUCUUUAUGAUGCGUUUAAUUAUGUUGGACAUGUCUUUGAUAUGUAUCCCUUGAAUGCAGACAUCGCGACUUAUCUGUUGGUUCCAUCAAAUUCGACUAAUCACAGGGAAGGAAACCCUACAGAAUAUCAGUCAACAGCGAAUACAGCUCUGCUCACCACCGUUUUAAUGCUGGGAACCUUCUUUGUCGCUUACUCUUUGAGAAAGUUACGUCACAGUCAUUUCUUCGGACCCAGAGCUCGUCGCAUAGUCAGUGAUUUUGGAGUUUUCAUCGCUAUUGUUUCCAUGGUGACAGUUGGUUGGUUGACAAAGGGUGUGUACACACAAAAACUGUCAGUUCCGGAUGGUUUUUCUGUGCCCUCACCAAACAGAAACAGCUGGCUUAUUAACCCCAUGGGAGAACAACAACAUAUCAGUGCCGGCGCCAUUUUUGGAGCUUUCAUUCCCGCAGUUCUUGUCAGUAUCUUGAUUUUCAUGGAAAUUGAAUUCACCGGUAUUAUUUUAGACAAAAAAGAACACAAAUUGAAAAAAGGCGUGGGUUACAACCUGGAUCUCUUCGUCCUUGGACUGUUAGUGGGUCUUUGCUCAAUUCUGGGCCUUCCAUGGAUGUGUGCCACCCCUGUUCAUACAUUGUCUCACUUUCAUUCCCUGACAGUGCUCAGUACUAACAAUGCCCCGGGGGAACAUCCUCAUUUGGUACAAGUCAAAGAACAACGUCUCACCAACAUUGUGAUUCACCUUCUGAUCGGGUUCACUGUUCUUCUUUCGCCAGUGAUGCGUCUUAUUCCUAUCGCUGUUCUGUUUGGAGUGUUUAUUUUCCUGGGCGUGUCAUCAUUAUCACACAUUCAGCUGGUUGAGCGAGUCAAGUUACUUUUCAUCCCUGCUUCUCACCAUCCCGUUGAAAAAUUCGUGAUGAAUGUGAAAACGAGAAAAAUGCACCUGUUCACUAUUGUGCAAGUGUGUUGUGUAUGCGCGCUUGUGGCCAUGAAGCUCACUGUUAUUGCCCCAGCAUUUCCUUUCUUUAUUAUCUGCAUGAUACCUCUUCGUAAGCUUCUAGAGCGGUUUUUCACCAGUGUAGAGCUAGAGGCGUUAGAUACUGAAGUUGAAGAUGUCUAUGACAGUGACAUGGAUGAAUAUGACUCUAUACAUUUUCCUUUCUAA